GAGUAGACAACCAUUGCCCUGGUAAGGGAGGGGAGACUAUGCUCCCGCUCCUUAUUCUCCUCUUGCUUUCAUUAUUUCUUAUUGUUCCCAGGCUUGCUGUGCCACGCCCUACUCAUUUUAUUCCUCCACCUGCUAAUGAGGUUAAGGGGUUAUUCUUUCGCACUUAUAUUAUGGCAGAAAGAAACUUGGAACCAAAACACACAUUCAGCAUUCAAUUACCAGCCUUUUUAUACCAGAAGGCAUUAGACAAGGCAGGAAGGAGGGGAAUUGGUGCUCUUAUCAGGGAAAUAUUAAUAAAAGAAUUAGGCAACGAGGAACAAAAUAAAAAACAACAACUAAUAAAAGACUAUCAAUCCAAAAUUAAUAACCAAGAAUUCCCCAAAGAGGGUGAAAUUUGGCUAGUAAAAUUUGAUAAACUGAAAGAAUUUUCUAAGACUUAUCGCCCUUGUUUAGUAGUCAGCAAUGAUACACAGAACCAAUUUGAUAAAAAUGUAGUAGUAGCAGGAUUAAGCAUGGACGAAAUGGAGCGGAUUCGAAUGUUUGAAAUUUUUAUUGAGGCUACUCCGGAAAAUGGCUUAAAAGAACCUAGUAAAAUUUGCUGUAAUUAUCUCCACACAAUUAAUAAAAAGUUGCGGUUAAUAGACAAAAAAAGGAUGGGAAUAGUCAGCCCCGAAAUAAUGCAAAAGGAGAAUAAUCAUUAUGAAAGACCAGCAAAAAUUACUCAACGAAUACCGCGAAUGCUACUCUAA